UCGGACCAGUGCACCGGUCUUCAGGGUUUCCUGGUGUUCCACAGCUUCGGAGGGGGCACCGGCUCUGGUUUCACCUCCCUGCUGAUGGAGCGUCUGUCCGUCGACUACGGCAAGAAGUCCAAACUGGAGUUCUCCGUCUACCCAGCUCCCCAGGUGUCCACCACUGUGGUGGAGCCCUACAACGCCAUCCUGACCACCCACACCACCCUGGAGCACUCUGACUGUGCCUUCAUGGUUGAUAAUGAGGCUAUUUAUGAUAUCUGCCGUAGAAACCUUGAUAUCGAGCGUCCCUCUUACACAAACCUGAACAGGUUGAUGAGUCAACUUGUGUCCUCCAUCACUGCCUCCCUUCGUUUUGAUGGUGCCCUCAAUGUUGAUCUGACAGAGUUCCAGACCAACUUGGUGCCCUACCCCCGUAUCCACUUCCCUCUGGCCACCUAUGCCCCUGUUAUUUCUGCAGAGAAAGCUUACCAUGAGCAGCUCUCAUUGGCAGAAAUCACUAAUUCCUGCUUCGAGCCAGCCAAUCAGUUGGUGAAAUGCGACCCACGCCACGGUAAAUACAUGGCCUGCUGCCUUUUGUAUCGUGGUGAUGUCGUUCCCAAAGACGUGAACGCUGCCAUUGCCACCAUCAAAACCAAGCGCUCCAUCCAGUUUGUGGACUGGUGCCCCACUGGUUUCAAGGUGGGCAUCAACUACCAGCCGCCCACUGUAGUUCCUGGUGGAGACCUGGCCAAGGUCCAGAGGGCUGUGUGCAUGCUGAGCAACACCACUGCUAUUGCAGAGGCCUGGGCUCGGCUGGACCACAAGUUUGAUCUGAUGUACGCUAAGCGUGCCUUUGUGCACUGGUAUGUGGGUGAGGGUAUGGAGGAGGGAGAGUUCUCUGAGGCCAGAGAGGACAUGGCCGCUCUGGAGAAAGAUUACGAGGAGGUUGGAGCUGAUAGCCUGGGAGAUGAGGAUGAGGAAGGAGAGGAGUAUUAGAAAGGCAAACAUUCCGCUUUAUUGAUCUCUGAUC